GGCGGUGAUGUCAACCUUUAUUUUCACAAGGUCAUCAACCAGCUGGGCAGCGGCACUUUCCCAAUUAUGGGACCAGACAUUCCAGGUGCACGCCCUCAAAUCAUAGUUCUUAAUUCGAUUGCCAUGGUCGUCAUCAAAAGGGGGGUCACUCAUCCGAGGCUUGCUGUUUCCUUUCAUGGGUGGUGUUUUUUUACGUGGCGGGUCCCAAACCCAGCGUACAACCCUAAGUAGGGAAUAUUUCGCCAUCUCACUUUAGCUCGCCUUCAAACGGAUGUUCUUAGGCUACCCAUUUUUUUAAUUGUUGAUUUCUUCAUUUUAUUUAUUUUAUGUUUUAAUUUGGUUGCACUGCUGCACUUUCGCGGUUUUAUUGAGGUAACCUUUCGGAUUUACGUCUUCUCCCGAUUUCUGUAGCGUCUUCCUGAUUUUUAUUUAUGUUUUAUCUAUGCCGUAACAGAUUUUUGCGUUAUACGGUGUCACACUAUUGUUCGAUAUUCUGUUCUUCUGUGUUUUUUUUGUUUAUGAAUGUGCCACUUAUGUUAUUAUAGCCCUAUGCCAUAAAAAUAAAAAAAAAAACUCAAAAAUUAUUAAAAUUUGAGUGUCUUUAUUUAUUAGAUGGUGACUUAAGACUAAAUUUCCAUUUUAUCAUUGGCAGGAAUGAAUGUAAAUUCUUUCUGUUGCAAUAUAAACCAAAACUGCAAACAAAACAGUUUUGCCACAGCCGCACUCAGAGCACUUAGAGCAUAAAGACCAAAAUACUGUAAACAAAUUUUGUAAACCGUGAGUGUAUGGCAGAAUGCGUCACUAUAUAUAUAUAAAAUAAAUUAGACUCCUAUCCUCCGGUUGAGAUUUUACAUCAUAAGAUAUUUCCUUAGCUUUAAUUCUUGCAAGUUGCAAGAGUUUAUAAUGUUCGGUUGCCAUUUCUUACUUAUUUCUUGUAAAUUUGUUGUAUAAGGAUAUUUUAAUUUCCAGUAUUUUAUUUUAAACUUAGUUUAUAAAUAAUUUUAAAGUUUUGUUACCUUUAACAUAUAAGCAUGUUAGCAGGAACAAGCAGUAACAAGCAUAUCCUUACCCAUUUGUUACUUCUAGGAAAUUCAAUUCUUUUAAAUAAAAUUCAUUUUUUUUUUUAUUAUUUCGCUUUAUUUAAUAAUAAUAAUAUAAUACUGCGUUACUUACUUUGUCUUUUAGGGACUUUUCAAUGGCAGUGAGACGGGUCUCAAUGGCAUCCAGCUUCUGGAGUAUAUAUCUGAAAAACAUGAAUGUAUUUUUUUAAAACAAAUACUAAUAUAUUUAUAUACAGAAAAAGCUCCGUAUUCGCGUUUUCACUAUUCGCGGAUUAAAAAAAUGAGACCCAAUUUUUAUAUUGGCGACUAAAAAUUUUUUUAUUCACGGAUCUAAUAAGUAUAUACAUAUAAUAAAAUUAUUCCAAUAGGUAUCCAACCCAAUAUUCUUGUCAAAUGGACUAAUAAAAAAGUAAAAUAGAUCUUAACAAGUUAGCCUAAAAUAAUGUUGUUAAAUGAUAUCGCCGCGAUCGGUUGAAUGAAAGUAACCUUAUACCUCAAUAAAUAAAGUACACUUGUGCUCACACAAUUAAGCCACAUAAACGUUAUGGUGUACAAAUUCAUAAAAGUUUAAUUUUAUUGAUAAGUUUCACAAAAUUAAAAGAAAUUACUUAAACUUUAUUGUACUUAAAGUUUUUAAUUUUAAUGUAAAAGCAAAAGUCUGUCUUCUUCUUCAGCCACCUGUAAAAAUAAGCUGUCAGAUAAAAGAGUUCGAUGUUUUGUUCAAAAAAACUUGCCUUAUAUUGAUUUAUAUUUUGUUGGGAAUCCCUUUUGCAAAAUUACUUCCCUGCAGCGUUGGUUCAUUGUACGGACCAGUGUGUUACAUUAGUCCGGAGUAAUUUUGCCACAUUCUUCCUUUAAAAUUUGCCACAAUGUAGCCUUAUUUGACGGGUUUCUCGCCGCAACUGCCUUUUAAUAAUCCCCCAUAGAUUGUCUAUAGGGUUUAAAUCUGGGUUUUGGACAGGCCACUCAAGACAUUCUUCAAAUCAUUGCCUAAGCCUUAAGAUAAUUAAUUAAAAUGUUAAAAAACAUCAAUCAGAUCAUUUUUUUAUAUACCUCUUUGUUUUUUUUUUGUCAACUAGGAACAUAUCCCCUUUAAUCUCAUAUACAUUUCCAUCCCGUAUUCACGGUUUCUGUAUUCGCCGCAUAUUUAUAGAACAUAUACCCCGCGAAUAAAGAGCUUUUACAGUAUUAAUACAUUGUACAUACCUGCAUGGCCACCAGACGGUGACGGUACCACAAUUUUUGAUGGUUCUACUGGAGGAGCGCAAACGAGAUUAUAAGAUAUUUUUUUAAAUACUUUAUCUGUAAAAAAAAUAUUAUUAGAAAUUCCAAAAUAUUUAUGUUCAAUACAACCUCUAUGGGGACUCAACGGUUGUGAGCAUUCCACUUCGAAAUCCAUUUCUUCCACCAGGUCAUCAAAAUAUUGUACUUGCGAAAUAUCUUCUUAGAUUAACAUCUAAGUAAAGAAGUUGUAUAUUUCAGCACUAAGGACAAGACUGCAUAAUUUAAUAGUUUAAAAAAAUUAAAAUGUAAAUAUCCUCUUUUGAAAAUACACUCCUCUAGAGACCACUAUAAUUCAGUUUCAAUUUUUAAAAACCUGCUACGGAGCAGAAAUGCGUAUCUGUACAUACAUAUAUUCGAACUAUGUUCACUUUUAUUCAUUAUGAAACACUAAUGUUCAAAUAUCAUUGAACAUGCUUACUUAUCAGCAAAGCCGAAAAUCUACUAAAUAUAAAUAUCUACUUAUAUAUUAAUAUGCUUACAUAUGUACAUACAGAUAUAUGUACAUAAUGCAUUUACAUGCAAUGCACAUCUACCGUGCGAUUCUGUAACUUGAGACAGUCUCAAGUCUUUAAAUUUGAGAUUUUAAGUUAGAGACAAUUUUUGAGACUUGAGACGAUUUUGCUAUUCUGUAAGUGACAGUCACUAAAAAUUUGCGAGUCUCUCAACUGAAAACGAACAGGUCUGAACAUCUGUCACAUUUCAUUAUUUAGAGAUGUAUGUAAAACCUGAAUGAAAAAAGACUGUCGAUAACAAAUAUUAAAUUAUCUUUAAUGCAGUGAAAAAGGUUAACUACCAAUUAAAAUAAAAAUAAAAUGUUGUACUUGAAAUAUUAUAGAGCUAAAAUUUAUGUGAAAUUGAUUUUUUUCUACUUUUACCUGAUUGAGUUUUGUAUAAAACAUAGACACCAACAAUCGAUUAUUAUCUGUGAUGAUCUCUAUAAGUGAAUUGUCAAUACAUAUGUACAUACAUUCAAAAUGGAAAGCAGAGAAUCCUUGCGUACAACAAAGGAACAAAUAGAAUGCUACUUAGCCUUUCUGGAGCUUCACCCUCAAAUGAAGCUCCACAAGAAUGAUCCUACGCGGCCCAAAAGGUUGGAAGAGCUGUGGAUCGAGCUUGCCCAACAGCUAAACGCUCUAAAGGGUCCAUCCCGUUCGCCCACCAAAUGGAAGGAGUGUUUGAACCACUGGAAAAACCAAAUCCGAUCGAGGGCAAGAAAAGCGAAGGUAAGCAGAAUAUUAACUGGUGGAGGACCAAUGAAAGAUAUUCAGUCCUCCGAGUUGGAAGAACGGGCGAUAGAAGCGUUAGGGAGGACCGUUGUUGAUGGCCUGCCAGAUGUCCCAACAAUUGGAGUGGAGAACGACAUUAUAAUAAAUAUGGAUCCGCAGAGUCCUUUAGUAUGUGAAAUGCCAUCUACAUCACGUUCACGAAGGCAGACUUCGCAAGAAAUGUUUGCGGAUAUGAUGGCUGCAAUGCAGAGGAGGAGUGAGGAAGAAGCAAAAUUUAGAGAAACAUCGCAACAAUGCUUCGAAAAAGUUGCUGAAUCUUUAAAUAAUAUGGCAAGUGCUAUUGUACAGCUAUCAGAAGCUGUUCUAAAAAAAAAUUAAAAAAAAUUGUGUUUAAAUUAAGAUAAUAUUUUUAAGUUCCUCUUAAUGUAUAUAAUGUAAAUACACACCAAAGAAUAUGUUUAAGUUAAGAAAAUAUUUUUAAGUUCCUCUUAAUGUAUAUAAUGUAAAUACACACCAAAGAAUAUGUUUAAGUUAAGAAAAUAUUUUUAAGUUCCUAUUAAUGUAUAUAAUGUACAUACAUACAUAUAAAAGAAGACUGAAUAAGUUAAAUUUUUUUUAUGUUCCUAUUAAUGAUUAUUAUGUACAUACAUAUAAAAGACUGAAUAAAUGAAUCUAUUAAUUU